AUGGGCCGUUCGCUCGACAUCGACGACCCCCUCACCGCAGCUAUCGCGCCUCCACCAAAUGAAUCCCCCGAAGAACGUGAAACGCGAUUGCAUCACGAGCGAGAGGCGAAGAGGGUAAGCGAUGAGAUCGACGAAGCUUUGCACAAAGAACGCGCAGCAAUGCGCAGAAAGAAGAAGCCGGUCAAGGUUCUACUACUUGGCCAAUCGGAGAGUGGCAAGUCCACAACUCUAAAGAACUUCCAACUCACGUACGCGCGCAAUGCCUGGCAAGAGGAGCGGGAUGGCUGGCGCUCAGUCAUCCAACUCAAUUUGCUGCGAUCCGUCAAUACGAUCCUUGACCUCCUUCAACGAGACAUGAGCUCGUCUGGCUAUCUCGCUUCCCCUGUCUCUUCAGAUUCCGAAGAGGAAGACGAGUCGCGUGAUGCAACUCGGUUGCAGUUCACAGAGACGCACAAGCUGCUCAAACUUCGCCUCGCCCCACUCCGACGAGUCCAAAAAGACCUCGAGCGACGAAUCGGUGCAGGAUCGCAAGAACCCACUGACACGGGCGCAUCAACUGUUGCAGCACCUCAAGAGUUCUAUGUAAGGUCUACAACUGGGUGGAAGACUGCACUAGACAAACUCCGUCCUCGAAACUCGACUGGAAGUCGCGAAGAGGCACAUGGCCGCGAACUCCGCGAGCGGGAGUCGGAAGAGACUACGGCCAUUAUCGCUGGUUGUCGUGACGAUAUGGCUGCACUCUGGCAAGACCCGACCAUUCGGCAGAUGCUAACGCGACGGAAGCUGCGGCUUGAAGAUUCCGCCGGAUUUUUCCUCGACGAUGUAGAACGUGUUGCGUCUCUCGACUAUUCCCCGUCAGACGAUGACAUUGUCCGCGCUCGUCUACGUACUAUGGGUGUGCAAGAGUAUCGAUUUUUCUUCGAAAAGGGUAGCGAAGCAGGUCAAGAGUGGUGGAUGUACGAUGUUGGCGGGACCAGAUCACUCCGACCAGCUUGGGCUAGCUACUUCGACGACGUUAACGCGAUCAUCUUUCUUGCGCCCAUCAACUGCUUCGACGAGAAGCUUGCAGAAGACAAGCGUGUCAACCGUCUCGAAGACAGCUUCCUCCUCUGGAAAGCAGUCUGCUCGAGCAAGCUGCUUUCGAAGACACAACUCGUCUUGUUCCUGAACAAAUGUGACCUGCUCGAUAAGAAGUUGCGCUCCGGUGUGAUGGUCAAGGACUUUGUUCCGAGCUUCGGGGAUAGGAGUAAUACGCUCGGCACAGUUGCCAAGUAUAUGCGUACCAAGUUCCGCGAUAUGUCAAAGCAGUAUUCGCCAGAACCACGUCCUAUCUACGCACAUCUGACUUCUGUCGUUGACACGAAGGCAACUGCCUUGACACUCGGCGCUGUUCGUGAGGGUAUCCUAAGGAACCAUUUACGAGGUGCCGACUUCCUCUAGAUACUCAAUAAGCUCGCUAUUAACUGGAAACGUUCCGCUUUCGCUUGUUCCGCUCUAAUGCUUCGCACCCUCCUUUCGACAUAUUUAUUUGCAUGGUGACGGUAAUGAACGCAUGUACAUACGCCAAACACGUUUAUACGGCUAGAAGGCACCCUACUUUAAGCACCGAUAACGUUGCACGUGAACAACUCCCUUACAUUACGAGAAGAGAAGUUCACAGUACCAUCUUCCAAUUUUUUCUGUAAAAUAUUCUUCUCUCUGACCAGUUUUCUUUGAAUAUUCGUCGCUUCUUGUUCUUCGUGGAGGCUAACACUUUUCACACGUUCAUCUUUACUGAUUUUCCCUUUUAUUUGUGGUUUAUUCCUGGAUCUCUUAUUUUUUGACUCCGAUCAUCAGAUCUAUGUUCACCUCAGUUGACCCUUUUUACCUUGCAUAUCAUGCAGUGUAAUUUUCUGUUUGAUUGUAAUGCUAUGCAGAUUUCCC